ACACUUAACCGACUGAGCCACCCAGGUGCCCCUAAAACCAUCCUUUCUAACCUGUAUCUGUUGUAAUCUUGAAAGCAGGACUUGAUUGCUGCCUUUUAGCAAAGGGUAGUAAAUGUGAAGGUAUAGCAGAGACUGGAAGAAAUACAUGUCUGUCUCUUCUUUUCUCAACAGACCUGGUAGUUAUUACUUUGUUCCAAGCAGUGUACCUUUAUUGUCCAAUGGAGCAGGCCAGGGAAACAUAGGGGAGCUAUGGGACUUAAGGAUGGCCAGUGUCCCCGUGAAGGAACGGGUGAGGGUGUCUCAGAACUGGAGGUUGGGGCGCUGCCGAGAGGGGAUCCUGCUGAAGUGGAGAUGCAGUCAGAUGCCCUGGAUGCAGCUGGAAGGUGAUGCUCUGUACAUAUCCCAGGCUAAUUUCAUCCUGGCUUAUCAGUUCCGCCCAGAUGGUGCCAGCUUGAACCGUCGGCCCCUGGGAGUCUUUGCUGGGCAUGAUGAGGACGUUUGCCACUUUGUGCUGGCCAACUCGCAUAUUAUCAGUGCAGGAGGAGAUGGGAAGAUUGGCGUUCAUAAGAUUCAUAGCACCUUCACUGUCAAGUACUCGGCUCAUGAACAGGAGGUGAACUGUGUGGAUUGCAGAGGGGGCAUCAUUGUGAGUGGCUCUAGGGACAGGACGGCCAAGGUUUGGCCUUUGGCCUCAGGUCGGCUGGGGCAGUGCUUACACACCAUCCAGACUGAAGACAGAGUCUGGUCCAUUGCUAUCAGCCCAGUACUAAGCUCUUUUGUGACAGGGACAGCUUGUUGUGGGCACUUCUCACCCUUAAGAAUCUGGGACCUCAACAGUGGGCAGCUAAUGACGCACCUGGGCAGUGACUUCCCCCCAGGGGCUGGGGUGUUGGAUGUCAUGUAUGAGUCCCCGUCCACACUCUUGUCCUGUGGCUAUGACACCUACGUUCGCUACUGGGACCUCCGAGCCAGUGUCCGGAAGUGUGUCAUGGAGUGGGAGGAGCCCCACGACAGCACCCUGUACUGCCUGCAGACCGAUGGGAACCACCUGCUGGCUACUGGGUCCUCCUACUACGGGGUCGUGCGGCUGUGGGACCGGCGCCAGAGGGCCUGCCUCCACCCCUGUGUACUGCCUGCGCUUCACCACCAAGCAUCUCUACGCUGCACUGUCCUACGACCUCCACGCCCUGGACUUUCAGAAGCCGUGACGGGGCCACCCGGCCUGUGGGCCAGGGAAGCCAGCUACUCAGGGACCCCUCCGCCUGGAGGGUGCAGGGAUACCUCCGCCCCCGCCGUGCCUGUGCUCCUAGACCUGUCACCACAGUGCUUGGGCACUGUCAGGUAAAGGCUGCUGACUCCCGGGAAUUUGGGGGUUACCCUCCUUCCCCCCGGAACUAACUGGAGAGAAGGGAUCUGCUGCUUUGAGGGAAUGGCUGAACCUGGCCGGGCCCUGCUUCCCUGUUGGCCAGAGCAAGGAUCUGGUCUGGACAGGCCUGCCCUGUACCUUGCCCCUUCUUAGAGCCAUGAUAGCGUGGAGUGAGGUGAGGGGCUCCAGCCGUCCCAGUUGGUCCCUUUCUGCCCCUUCCUUCGAAGGAGGGGUGAGCCUGCCAAUCCUCUGCUCUGGCCCCUACCUCCUCAGUCGCCACCCUUGACCAAGCUCUUAGGGCUCAUUCCUCGGGCACUGUGGCCUGGUCUUGCUUUGAAACUGAGGAAGGACAAAGGAAAGCUAGCAGUUUUGAGUGAGUCCUAAGCCAGCCCAAUCUCAGGCCGGCUGCUAAGACAUGCCACAAUGUUCAUUUUUGUAAAAAUAAAGCUUGAUUGUUCACAGA